CUUUGCUUAAUAAUUUUUCCAGUUAUAUUUUACAUCAUGUGUGAGCCAUUUUUAGGAAGCUGGAAACUCAUUUCUAGUGAAAACUUUGAGAGCUAUAUGAAAGAAUUAGGGGUGGGUUUUGCUACUAGGAAGCUUGGCAGCCUGGCCAAGCCCAGUGUGGUGAUCAGCACCAAUGAUGACAUAAUAACCAUCAAGACAGAGAGCACCUUUAAAAACACAGAGAUCUCCUUCAAGCUGGGAGAAGAGUUUGAGGAAACCACAGCAGAUGACAGGAAAACCAAGAGCAUUAUCACCUUGGACAAUGGUGCUUUGAUUCAUGUGCAGAAGUGGGAUGGCAAAGAGACGACAAUAAAGAGAAAACUGGUGGAUAGUAAGCUUGUGGUGGAAUGCACCAUGAACAAGGUCACCAGCACUAGAGUCUAUGAGAGAGCCUGAGGAAUUCCCAUCUCCAUGUUGGAUCAAAACUUGCUGUUAAGAAUCUGUUCAACGACUGUUGCUGCAUGACACUACUGUUCAAUUCUGCAAGCGUCAAUAACUUUGAGAUACAGCUUUAUUAGGAAUAUGCUUGUAACUAAUCUGCAAUUAGUGACUGCGGCUAUUAAAUAAA